AUGGCACCUUCACAGGUUCAUCAGCUCGUCGACAAUGUCAAGUCGUGCAUGCAAAGCACAAGAUCGGUCGGUAUGGCUUUACUUGUGCUGGCAUUUGUCGGUCUUAUGGCCACAUUCGUUUAUCGACUCUACUUACACCCGCUCGCACGAUACCCUGGGCCUUGGUACAUGAAAGUCAGUCCGUUGUAUGAUUUCUACAUCGGCGUGCGGGAACGCAGGCAUCUUCAUUUCCAGUCUCUACAUGAGAAAUAUGGCCCUGUGGUUCGGUACAGCCCGAAUUCCCUGGCCUUUAACGAACCCCAGGCUUUCCGAGAUAUCUAUGGCUUCAAGCGCAAUUUUCGGAAGGCAGAUGCAACAACCGUUGGCGCCUCUAGCCACCCGGACGCGCGAAACACUUUCAGCGAGCCACUAACGGAGAAAGCCAUGAAGAAGAGAAGGAUCCUCUCACAAGGGUUCUCGGAGUCUGCACUGAGAGACGCCGAAGAGUUCAUGAUCGAAAAGAUAGAGACCCUCUGUAGACAGUUGAUCAACCCCUCCACGGAAAAGGUAAAGGAUAUGUCGCUGUGGUUGAAUUAUCUGGCCUACGACAUCAUGGGAGAAGUCGUCUUCGGGAAGAGUUUCGAUAUGCUGACCAACCCCUCCUUGCGCUAUGUAUUGGACCUGAUCGAUUCCAUGGUGUUUUCUACAUUGUUGGGUGGCAUCGUGCCAUGGAUCUACAGGAGCGGCUUGAUCAACAUCUUCUUCCCGCGACUGCUGCGUACACGGACCAAAUUUAUUGCUUAUGUGGCGGGUGUCGUAGCGAACAGGAUCGCCGCUGAAUCCACUCCUACUUCAGGAGGACGCAAGGACUUCUUCCAUCAUCUGCUCAAUGCCAAAGACGCAGAAACGGGCAAGCCGUUGCCGAUGGAGUUCCUCUUCUCGGAAGGCGUGCUGCUGGUUGUCGGGAUGGCCGCCACACUCUUCUAUCUGCUCAAAUGCCCCGAGUCGAUGAGCAAACUACGCCAGGAACUCGACAGCACGUUCAGCAGCGUCAACGAGAUCAAAUCUGGAGGGAAGCUUGCUCGUUGCGUCUAUCUGAGAGCUUGCGUGGACGAGGCGCUACGCAUGGCACCCCCAGGUCCUGGCAUACUGCCGAGGACGGCUUUGAAGGGCGGAGAAACCGUGAACGGCGAAUUCAUACCAGAAGGCAUUGACGUUGGGGUCGGUUGGUGGGCUCUCGCCUACAACGAAAAGUACUUUCCCGAGGCAGCGACGUUCCGACCGGAGCGGUACAUCGUGAAUGACGAGAGUGCGGACGAAGACGCCGCGUCGGCCAAAGGUUGCUAUUGGGCGUUUUCGAUGGGGCCUCGCAAGUGUCCCGGCAUCAAGAUGGCGUAUCAGGAGAUAUACCUCACGAUAGCGAGGCUGGUCUAUCUCUUCGACAUGAAGCCCGAGCGUCCGGAAGAGAUGGCGAAGAACUUUGAGCUUCUGGAUCAUUUCAAUGUCAAGAAGUCGGGGCCGACGGUGUCAUUCACCCUGCGUUCAGGGAGAACUCUCUGA